AUGCAAAUUAUUGAUCGUGUUUUAUAUGAGGAUUUUGGAUUCGAACAUCGACUAUGGAUCUAUUCUGGUCGACGUGGUGUGCAUUGUUGGGUUUGUGACCAAACGGCUCGAGAGUUACAAUCAAGUAUUCGACAGGCCAUUGUUGAACAUAUUAGCGUUAUUGUGGGUGGAAAAGAUUCGACUAAACGUGUUUCACUUUAUACGCCGUUACAUCCAUCACUUCAAAAAGCACGUGAAAUCAUUUUAACGGAAUUCGAUGGAUAUGCAUGUCUGGAACAAGAUUUUCUUGGUGAUGAUCAACGAAUUGAACGAUUUCUUCGACUCGUUCCUGAUGAUAGUCGACAAACCUUACGUGACAUAUUUUCUCAAUUGACAACGUCAGCUGAACGAUGGGCCGCCUUUAAACAACAUACAGAUUCAAUGAUCAAUUCUGUUACAUCAACAAACAAAUAUCGCAAAGCAUCGUACAUAACAUUAAUUGACGAAAUCAUGUUUGAAUAUUGUUACCCACGUCUUGAUGCGAAUGUGACCAAAGGACUGAAUCAUUUACUCAAAUCUCCAUUUUCAAUUCAUCCUAAAACGGGUCGUGUAUCAGUACCAAUCUCAUCGGAUUCUUUAGCGUAUUUUGAUCCUUGUAAAGAAGGUGUUGUACCAAUAUUAAGUGAAUUGUGUCAACAGGUUGAACAAAUACCAAAGCAAACUGAAGAUUUAGAAAAUGGAGGGAAAUCUAAUUCGAAACAAAAAGAUUAUAAUCAAACAGCGUUGAAGCCAUUCAUCGAUGUAUUUGCUCGUUUUGUUCAACGAGUACAAACGAAUAAACAAGAUGAAACUUUAGCUAAAAGUGAUUUGAAUACGAUGUUGUCAGGAGAAAUCUGA